GGGCUGUUUCCACCCGGACCAUUGAGUGUGUAACACAAGUUGUGAGUAAACGUUCCUGCUGAGCAUACACGUGAUUCUCCGUGUCUUUAUUAAUGAUCGUUAGGGUGCUAACGUAACAGUAGAUGAUCAGAGUAAAGUUGUAAAGACGUCAGCGCUGAGUUGAGUUUUCCCUCUGUGACUCUUGGAUGUGUGUAAGAUGGCCGGGUUUAAGGAUCUUAAAGAGUUAUUCAGUCGACGGCUGCUCGCUGCGGUUAUCAGAGAUAUAACAGAAGAAAGAACAACAAGUGGAUACGAAGAGGAGCUCCACCGACAAAGAAAACUGCUGGAUGUGAUUUUAACUCCUGAAAUCAAGCUACAGAGAACAGAUGUCCAGCAGCUGUUGGUGAGUAAAGAAGAGCUUCCACCUGAGCAGCAGGAGUGGAGCCACAUUCUGGACCAGGAGGACACUAAGCCCCAACACAUUAAAGAAGAACAUGAGGAACUGUGGAUCAGUCAGGAGGAAGAACAGCUUCAAGGACUGGAGGAGGCUGAUACUGCCAAGUUCCCCUUCACUCCUGUCUCUGUGAAGAGUGAAGAUGAUGACGAGAAACCUCAGUCCUCACAGCUUCAUCAGAGACAAACUGAACAGAUGGAAACAGGAGUUGAUGGAGAGGACUGUGGAGGAGCAGAACCAGAGAGAGACUCAGAUCCAGAGAGACGUUUACAACCAGAGACUGAGGUCGAGACUGAAGACUCUGGUGAACCUGAGACUGAUGACAGUGAUGAUUGGAAAGAGACAAGAGAAGAUCUGUCAGAAUUAAACUUGAAAAAUAAGAAAAUGAUGACUGGUAAGAGACAACACAGCUGCUCGGAGUGUGGUAAAAGAUUUAACCAGAAAGGGAAUCUGACCAGACACAUGUUAGUUCAUAAAGGGGAGAAACCUUACAGCUGCUCUGUUUGCAGUAAAAGCUUUACCCAUAGACAAAGUCUGACCACACACAUGUUAGUUCAUACAGGAGAGAAAGCCUUCAGCUGCUCUGUUUGCAGUGAAAGCUUUACCCAUAGACAAAGUCUGACCAGACACAUGUUAGUUCAUACAGGAGAGAAACCCUUCAGCUGCUCUGUUUGCAGUAAAAGCUUUACCCGAAGAGGAAAUCUGACCACACACAUGUUAGGUCAUACAGGAGAGAAACCCUUCAGCUGCUCUGUUUGCAGUAAAAGCUUUACCCAUAGACAAAGUCUGACCACACACAUGUCAGUUCAUACAGGAGAGAAACCCUUCAGCUGCUCUGUUUGCAGUAAAAGCUUUACCCAAAGAGGAAAUCUGACCACACACAUGUUAGUUCAUACAGGAGAGAAACCCUUCAGGUGCUCUGUUUGCAGUAAAAGCUUUACCCUAAGACAACAUCUGACCACACACAUGUUAGUUCAUACAGGAGAGAAACCCUUGAGCUGCUCUGUUUGCAGUAAAAGCUUUACCCUAAGACAACAUCUGACCAGACACAUGUUAGUUCAUACAGGAGAGAAAGCUUUCAGCUGUUCUGUUUGCAGUAAAAGCUUUACCCAAAGACAACAUCUGACCACACACAUGUUAGUUCAUACAGGAGAGAAAGCCUUCAGCUGCUCUGUUUGCAGUAAAAGCUUUACCCGAAGAGGAAAUCUGACCACACACAUGUUAGUUCAUACAGGAGAGAAACCAUUCAGCUGCUCUGUUUGCAGUAAAAGUUUUAAACGUAGAGUAAAUCUGACCAUACACAUGAUGAUUCACACAGGAGAGAAAUGCUAAUCCUGUUGUAGCCGUUAUCAGCAGUCACGUUUACAACCUCUCUUCCUGCAGGACUCAGGACUGUGGAUUAACAUUACUUUUACCAAGGAACAAAGGAACUGAUCAAUGAUUUAAGUCUCCCUCUCAGACAGGAUGUUAUGAACUUUUACAACACCUGGAAUAAACAAUCGAGCGGAAACAGAACACUCUGCCAUCUACGAAUUGACCCCAAAGACAUGAACUGUGACCGAAACCAGUCUCUGCAAAGUCGUAAAAUUGACCAUCUGUUGAAGGACUGCUGAAGAACUGAAUUAAACCACAGCUUUCAAUUCUGCAUCAAAUGAACAUUUAUGUCUUUCUUCAUCUAGAUAAUUGUAAUUGUCACAUUGAAUGUAUUAUAAUCAUCUUUUUAAACUCAAAAUCUGAUCUUCAGAAUAGGAAUAAGAGUUAUAUUAUGUUUAAUAGGUAUUCGAUGUGGAGCGCUAUUGCCAUCUAGUGUUAGAAUAUCCAUGAAUACGUAACCUUCAUAAUUAUACAUUUAGACGUGUUAUAAAGCAUACUCUUUGAUAUUAGCUAUAGAAGGUGUUAUUUAAAGACACCAACUUCUUUUCCUACUUUAUUAAUAUGUCUUAUUAAGAAUGUUGACUGUAUAACAUGUUUUUGUUCACCUAC